AUGGUGAAACGUAUUUUCAUAAUUUUCUUAUGCAUUGGAUACACUACACCAUUGCCUGCAACAAAAUUGGAAUUAAUUCCUGACAAAGUAGUUCACAAUGACACAACAAAGGUGGAAGUUGGAGCGACCCAUUCGGACAAAGUUGAGGUGACUCUACCGUACAAAAUUAUGUCUAGGGAAGAACUUAUUACAUGGGUUACUUAUGCUAUGAGAUUGAUGGCUUCGAAAAUUAACAUAACUUUGGCCGACGCAGACCCGAUGCAAACCCCACCAGAAAAAAUAGAAAAAUUGCGGAACUCAUCUGAAGCGAUUAAUCAUUUGCUUGAGAAGAUGAAUAAUGGCGAAAAGAAAGUUGUAGAAAAGGAAAAAAUGAAAACCGUAGCUAUGAGUUCCAAGCACGGACCCAUGUGUAAGCAUUUGGAAAAACAGUUAGAAAAGCUAACAUCUACGACUGAAAAGGCUAUUGACAAUAGCGCUAAUCUUCAAAAUCAGAAGUAUGACUUUCUGACACCACCUCCAAUUUCACCAAACAAUGUUGAAAAUUUAUACUCCAAAUUGAUGUCAGAUGCUCAAACAUCUUAUAGUCCUUUAUCAAAGUUCAUUCAAGAAUUGGCCUUAAUCAAUCCAUAUGAUCAUCCAGAUAAUAAGAUUUUUCGAGAUCCUAAUGUAUUCCCACCUUUCAAUAUUCAUCAUCAAAAUGCUUAUUUACCUUUACCAGUUACACCUGGCUAUAAUGAAGAUAGGCUAAAAGAAUUCUAUGAUAUGGCAAACAUGCGAAAUCAUAGUAAUCCAUUUUCGGGUAUGGUGAAUUCAUUAGGUGCAAUGCAGUUAGUGCCAAUGAGGACAAACUUCCAACAUAUGCCACCAGUGCAUAUGCCUCAAACAACUAGAACAGAAAUUGGCGAUUUGAAUUCCGGCAAUCAGGCUUAUAAACAACAAAGCCACGAUAUACCUCUCUCUCCUCACAGGCCUGUUAUAAGCUUACCAUUUGAAGCUUAUAUUACAAUAACACGAGAGACUUCAACGCCCGGCCCGACAUCCACUUUGGUACCAGUAUUGAUGUCACCACAGAAAUUAACUUCAUCUAAAUAUUCUCAGAAAAAUAGAAACAAAAAUCGUGAUAGUCAUCACGAAGCAUCUACUAGUGAUGUGCCAGACACGCUACUGCCGAACAAUCGCAAUAGAGUCUCAAAAAAUGGAAAAAAUACGAGUAAACAUACGACAAUUCAAUUUGAAGAUGAAGUCGUAACCUCGAAGACUGUAUCUGAAAAGAAAAAGAAAAAGAGUAAAAAGCAAUCAGAUAGUAAAAAACAACCAACAAUUUUCCAAUCAUUGUUGCGAAUGCUUACGUUAACAACAAAUAGAAACAGCUCAAUACCGAAUGUAGCUAAUGUUUUUGGAAAAAUAAGUAAAAAGUUACCAAAUCCAAAAGUCGUUAAGGGCACUUUGCGAGGAAAAAGGAAUGAAACAUCUCAAAGGCAGAUUGAAGAUGACGAUGAUGAAUUCAAUGAUAAUGGCGAUGGUGAUGACAAUGGCGAUGAUGACGAUAGUGGUAACGGCGGAGGUGAACGUGAUAUAUUUGAUGACGAUGAUGACAAUAGUUUCAAUGACGAUUAUGAUUAUGAUGAAGGCGGCGGAUCUUUAGGUUCAUUGGAAGAUCUGAUUCCUCUAAUUAUCCCGAUUCUCGAGGAUAUUAGUGACCCGGAAUCUGAAACCGAUUUGGUGGAAUUUUUGCAAGCAGCUGUCCCUUUACUUCAAGGACUUUCUGAGCCAGAUCCUGAAACGGGUGAGGGAGUCGACAUUGUUGGUGUCCUCUUACCAAUUUUGCAAAACUUAUCUGAGGUGACCUAA